AUGGGUCAAAUCAAGAUGGCGUGGCAGCCGGAGGAAAAUGGUCUCCGCCAAAUUCUGCAAUUACUAAAGGAAUCUCAGUCACCAGACACUGCGACCCAACGAAAUGUUCAACAAAAAUUGGAAGAAUUGAAUAAAUAUCCAGAUUUCAACAAUUACCUGAUCUUUGUCCUCACAAAGCUAACAACAGAGGAUGAACCAACCAGAUCUUUGAGUGGACUGAUCUUGAAAAACAAUGUAAAAGCUCACUUUGAUAAGUUCCCUCCAGAGGUGACAACCUUCAUCAAGGCUGAAUGUUUAUCUAGCAUUGGCAACCCGUCCCCAUUGAUACGGGCCACAAUUGGAAUCUUGAUUACUACGAUCGUUGCUAAGGGAGAGUUACGUAAUUGGCCAGAACUGUUGCCCACUCUGUGUAAUUGUCUAGAUUCUGAAGACUAUAAUGUGUGUGAGGGAGCAUUUGGUGCGUUACAGAAGAUAUGCGAGGACACGGCCGAGGACCUAGAUAAUGACAGCACAAGACCCCUCAAUAUCCUCAUUCCCAAAUUCCUACAGUUCUUCAAACACAACAGUGCUAAAAUUAGGUCCCAUGCCAUUGCUUGUGUAAACCAGUUUAUCAUCAGCAGGACCCAGGCCUUGAUGGUCCACAUAGACAGUUUUAUUGAGAAUUUGUUUUUCCUGGCAACAGAUGAAGACACAGAAGUCAGGAAGAAUGUUUGUCGAGCUCUGGUCAUGUUAGUUGAGGUCCGCAUGGAUAGACUUAUUCCUCACAUCAAUAGUAUUAUAGAGUACAUGAUGUUGAGGACACAGGAUGAUGAUGAUUCUGUUGCUCUUGAGGCUUGUGAAUUCUGGCUUUCUCUUGCUGAGCAGCCCAUCUGUAAGGACGUACUUCAACCUCACAUAGAGCGACUGAUUCCCAUCCUCGUCAAAGGCAUGAGAUACUCCGAAAUUGACAUCAUUCUACUCAAGGGUGAUGUUGAAGAAGAUGAAAUGAUUCCAGACAAGGAAUCUGACAUCAAGCCAAGAUUUCACAAAUCCCGUUCCCACACCCAGAAACAUCAGGAGGGAGACGAGGAUGGAGAAGGCUCAGAUGACGGAUUUGAUGAUGAUGACAAUUUGUCCGACUGGAAUCUAAGAAAGUGUUCAGCUGCCGCACUGGAUGUGUUGGCCAAUGUGUUCCGUGAGGAGAUCUUGCCUACACUUUUACCAAUCCUAAAGGAAACAUUGUUCCACACAGAUUGGGAGGUGAAGGAAUCAGGAAUCUUAGUUUUAGGGGCCAUCGCAGAAGGAUGCAUGAACGGAAUGAUCCCUCACCUCCCCGAACUGACCCCUUACCUGAUUGGCUGCCUCAGUGAUAAGAAAGCUCUAGUCAGAUCAAUCACAUGCUGGACACUUAGUCGAUACGCCCACUGGGUCGUUGGUCAGCCACAUGAGAUGUACCUGAAACCCUUGAUGACAGAGUUGCUGAAGCGAGUAUUAGAUGCUAACAAACGAGUUCAAGAGGCUGCCUGCUCUGCUUUUGCGACUUUAGAGGAGGAAGCUUGCACAGAGCUGGUGCCAUAUCUUGGUUUUAUUUUGGAGACUCUAGUAUAUGCCUUCAGCAAGUACCAGCACAAAAACCUUCUGAUUCUGUAUGACGCUAUUGGGACUCUGGCUGACUCUGUAGGACACCAUCUCAAUAAACCAGAGUAUGUGAACAUGCUGAUGCCCCCUCUCAUACAGAAAUGGAAUAUUCUUAAAGAUGAGGACAAGGACUUGUUUCCAUUGUUAGAGUGCUUGUCUAGUGUGGCCACAGCUUUACAAUCUGGUUUCCUGCCUUACUGCGAACCAGUUUACCAGAGAUGUGUUAACCUUGUGGAACAGACUCUCAACCAAAACUUUGCCAAUAUAAACCAGCCUGACCAGUAUGAUCCUCCAGACAAGGACUUUAUGAUCGUGGCUCUAGAUUUAUUGAGUGGACUCGCGGAGGGACUUGAACAUCACAUAGAAAAUCUGGUUGCCAAUAGCAACAUUCUAAAACUGCUUUUUCAGUGUAUGCAGGACCCUAUGCCAGAGGUUCGCCAAAGUUCCUUUGCUCUUCUGGGAGACUUAACAAAAGCUUGCUUCCAGCAUGUGAAACCUUGUAUAGCUGAUUUCAUGCCAAUACUUGGAUCCAACUUGAAUCCUGAGUUUAUUUCUGUGUGCAAUAAUGCUACGUGGGCGAUUGGAGAAAUCUCUAUAAAGAUGGGGGGUGACAUGCAGCCAUACAUCAGCUUGGUUUUGGGUCCAUUAAUAGAGAUAAUUAAUCGACAGAACACUCCAAAAACAUUGCUUGAAAACACAGCCAUUACGAUUGGCCGAUUAGGGCUUGUCUGCCCACAGGAAGUGGCACCAACUCUUAACCAAUUCAUAAGACAAUGGUGUACAUCACUGAGGAAUAUCCGUGACAAUGAAGAAAAGGACUCGGCAUUCCGUGGUGUGUGUCAUAUGAUUAACGUUAACCCUGCUGGGGUUGUCCAGGACUUUAUUUUUUUCUGUGAUGCUGUGGCAUCCUGGUCUCAGCCCAAGGCCGAUCUUAAAGAAAUGUUUUUUAAGAUAUUACAUGGUUUUAAAAAUCAAGUUGGGGAAGAAAACUGGACAAAGUUUUCUGACCAGUUUCCACAGCCAUUGCGGGAACGCCUUGCCUUGCAUUAUAACGUGUGACCUGAUCCAUACAGGUCCAAGGGGAAAAAGGGAAAGUGCUAUCAGGGAUAUUCCCCAAGGCACUACGGGGUCCAGCACAGGGUUGGCAUCGCGUAUGGGGAGGGCCAGCUCAUAGGUCUCGCUGCCAAUAGGCGACGCUUCAACGGGGAGCGUGCAGCAGGCCAAUCGCGGAGGGUGGGUCGCGUAAUCGGGAGGGCUACUGAGAAAAAUCUUCUUCAUAUCUCAACAUCGCGCAAUUAACAGGGAUUGUUAGAAUUUAUCUGUAGAUUGCAUGCCCAAACUUUGUCAGUAUAUUGAUUUGUGUUCCUAUAGCAACAUGUAACAAAGAACAAAAAUUCUUCCUUCAUCAUAGUGCUUGAAUGCAUAGUGUUAACGAAAAAUGGGGCUCACCAUGGAAUAAAAUGUUUGUACAGUCUAUUUCUAUAUUAGACUUCCUGGAAUUGAAUGUAUUGGUAGAUUUGUACUGAAAUGUUGUAAACAUUCUUAAACCCAAAAA